GGGCCCGUGCCACCACCCCGGAAGUGCUCCGUGCGCAGCGUCGCCAUGGGGAACGGCUGGGGAUCUAAGAUGGCUGCCGUGGGCCGGGUCGUCCGGAUUGUGAAACCAUAUCAACGAUUAAUUCAAUUCCCAGACAGAAAGACUGCCCCUAAACCUAAUGUGCGUGAAGCUCUCAAAUCGAUGUCUGUAUCAAUCCAGGGACAGCAGCCAACAACAACAACAACAACAACAAGUUCAGUUUCUUCAGCCAGUGUCCCCGUUAGCAAAUUGUCUGGCACACGUGACACUAUCGAAAUAAUAAGAGCUCUGCCGCAGAAAUACAGAAGAUUACCCAUUUCACAAGAAGAAAUGGAGUACAUUCAGCGUGGUGGACCUGAGUAGGAUCCAAUGGCUUGUUUCUCUCAUCCAUCAGUGACCAUACGGUGAUUUGUUCAUUUCCAAGCGGCAGACACUCUGUGUUACACCGUUUAUUUGAGGACUUUAACCCACUGCACUGACGACAAGUCCUUAGAAUGAAUGUACAUCCAUGAAUGUUCAAUAAACGCUGAAGAGUUGUCACAAUUUAUAAAAGUAGAAAUAUCCUGAUGUUUUCCCCAAAUUGCGUUCAGUAAUUUUCAUAAGAACAGUUUGGUGAAAUUUAAAAUCCUUUACACCGUUCUGUUCAGUAAAAUUCACUAAGCAAAUUAUUUGGUGCAUAAAUAUCUUCCAGCCUAUAAUUUGAUUUUGUUGAAUUUAACUGUAUUUUAAUUGCCAGGUCUCAAAUAUAAGUGGUCUCAAAACAUAAAUGGGACAGCCCUACUUUUCAGACAUUUUAAUAUAACUCCAUCCAAUUGUUUUUACAACUUGGGUGGGGAAUUUGGAAUGCAUUUUUCAAUAACUUGUGUGUAUCAUGAUGGAUCUAAAAAAAAAAUGCUAUUGACUCCACUAAUUUAAAAGCCCAAGGAAAUAUUUACUUGGCAUAUUGUCAACGGUCAGUUUAAAUGUAAAAGGUUUAAGUGCCUAGCUCUGCUUAAAAUCCUAUGUUUGCCAGGUGUUGCUAUAUAUUUUUUCGUACGAUAAAUUUAAAUAUAUUGCUGAGAGAAAGUGUAAAUCGUGGAGUCAAACCACAUUCAGCUGUGUUUGAAUAAAGAUUUAUGGUGCAGUGAUGUGAUAAUUUGGAAAGUAGAAAAUUAUAGAUAUAAGACUUAAUAACGUGAAAAUGUUAUCGCUUCAGUCCAUAGAACUGAAGAGUUAUUUUAAUGUAAAACGGGGAAAAGUAAAGCACUAUUGUAAAUAAACAUAGGAGUAUAAAACUACAUAAUGUACUUUUACUGCCAUAUACUUUUGUUCAACAAAAUAUCAUUACAAAUCAAGGAAUUUAAAUUGAUUAAAGUGACUUAAUUGA